AUGUCAUAUGGCAUGCACCCCACUGGGGCGCACGGUGCCGCGGGGCCGUCCUCCUCCCGCGUCCACGCUCCGACUCCUGUGCAAGUCAAGGCGGAGCCCAUCGAGAUCGAUCAGGAGCCGGUGGACAUCAAGCCUCAGAUCCAGGAGCUUAUGAGGGAUGCCAAGAUUGACUUUAGUCAAUCUAGUCCUCAGUCGAACGGAUCAGCCGUUCCUCCAGCCGAAGUGAAAGACGAGAAGCCUUUGGUCGAGGUCAAGCCCGUCGUCGACGUGGACAUGUCCUACGACUCUGGCGCCAGCACACCUAUCACCGGUGACUCGUCACGAAACGGUAGUCCCGCUGUCGGUCUGCCCCCCAUCGAUAGUAGUACUGUUCCCGGUCCCUCCCGCCGUAGAUUAGAGCCAGUGGUCCUGAUCCCCCGAAGAAAACGUGGGUCCGUGGCGUUGGCCUCCGAAGAGGAAGUGAAAAGAUUCGUUAACUCGGGACGUACAGACUCGUCCUCGAUCGUCAAGAACGCCACUCAAAAGACGUACGACGGCUCAGAAGAGAGCAGAGCGAUGAUGCGCGAGAUCCACAAGCUUCUUAUCCCCGGUGUCCUGCAGCAGAACAAGCCAGGACACCUCUUCAAACACCUGCGGUUCCGUGAGGAUGAUGACGGCAACGAGCGCCCGCCCUUGUUUGAGCCUACACCACAGCAGCUCGCCAAUAUCAUGACCGAGCUUUCGCAGCACGCCACUGCGUCUUACUUGGCCGCUAUGGGCGACAGCGACAGGUAUACGGAGAUGUUCCGCGUCUGGCUCAGAAACUCGAUCCGCGAACCGGAGAAGUGGGAAGUCUCGCUCGCUCCCAUUCUCAACGUGCUCAGCCGCACGGACAUGCCCGUCAACUACAUCCAGGAAGACUUCAAGAUUGGCCGGCUCGCGAAGAGGGCGGUCGACAAGGCCAUCGAGGCUAAUCUCUUCACGACUCCGCAGAUCCGCAAAGCGUACGCCAAGUACGACAACUACUGCAAGGAGGUUCUCUUCCCGAAGAAUCGUCGGAAGUCUCUCGACUCGGACUCGGAGGACGAUACGCCGCAAGUGACGAAGAAGCGCAAGCUGGACAGCAAGCCUGCUGUUCCGACCAGGUCAGCGCCGACUCCAAAGCCCUCCGCAGCUUCGGGUAGCAAGGUGCCCGGCCGCGCAGAUAUGUCUUUCUUUGGCGCGAAGUCCGACAGCGCCUCAGCCGCCGCCAAGCCGAAGCCAAAGCUGCCAAACUUCACGAAGCGGGCAGCAGAUGCACCUGUCCCGGCGACCAGCUCUCUGCUGGCCUCGACGAUGAAGAUGCUGAAGAAGGAGGACCCGAUGACCAAGCCCGCUGCCCCGCCGUCGCGACCGUCGCCUGCAGCUGCCGCUCCUCCUCCCCGGCAACCGGCCAAGCCGGCCGUCAAGCUCAACAAGAAGGGCCACGCCGUGCGCUGGGUCGACGAGACACCAAGCGCCGGUCGCGAGUUCGAGGCGAUCAAGCUGUUCAAACAAGAGCCGCACGAGAUGGAGCGUCCGUACUGGCUCCAGGACGUGAGUGAACUCAAUCAAUUCAGUGUUGACCAACAGGAGGGCGUACAGGGCAUGUCUGUCCACGACCUGGACACGCAGGAGGGACAGCUCAUGCACCAGUCGCCGGUGUACGAUGAUAUCGAAGAGGUCAUCGAGUGGUAUGAACCGAAGCUCCGAAGAGCUGCCAGCCCCGACGCCCGAGUCCGAGGUGCAGGCGAAGCGGGAGUCCUCCUCCCAGCCGAUCAGCUACAUCACGUCAAGCGACAUUCCGCCGUCCCCGAUCGAGUCGACGCCGGCGACCAGGCGCAGAACCGCGUCUCGGACCUGCUCAAGAACUUAACGGGUGCGUUACCUGCUGCGGUCGCGCCGUCCGCGCCAGCCUACGGCGGAGGCUACGACUACAACGCGCAGUACUACCAGAACCCUCCCUCGUAUGGCCCUUCGGCAGGACAGUCGCAGGCCCACGCUCCGGGCUGGAACGGAGGAUACAACAAUCACAACCAGCACCACAAUCAGCAGCACAGCCAGCCUGGCGGCUGGAACCGCGACGCUCCCGGAUACACGGGAAACCGAUGGUCGCGCCCGCAGCCCAAGAAGCCGUGCAAGUUCUUCCGCAUGCACGGCAACUGCAAGCUCGGCAACCGGUGCAACUUCCUCCACUCAUAA